UUUUUUAAUUUUUAAUACAUUCGAUAAUUCAUUAAUCCUACAUUUAAACUAAGGUUGUGCGUUUACACACGUUUUUAUAUUUCGAAUGCGCGGAGAGUUGUGUUAAAUUCUAUUCUGAAAGUCUACACAGGAAAUGUGAACGUAAACUUUAAAGUCUUGACGGCGUGGCAGCGUGCUGACGUCAUCACGGAGCACAAAGUAAAGACGCUCCUCUCUCCUCCUGUUCACUCCCUCUCGCGUUACCGUGUCCUCCUGUUGUCACCGUCCGUGGACACAACGGGAUUCUAUUUAAUUUCACAGUGAUAAUUUCCUAAAACGCAUGUUUUUUUCCCCCCAUUUUUAUUUUGUCUGAGAUUCAGACGUUGGUGUCCAUCGUCCGCAGGCAGAGACCGAUGGACACCUUCAUCACCUUCAUCCUCAGCAUCAGCGACGUAAGAAUACUGGAGCCUAUAGGUGGCGCUGCAUUUGAAGAAUCCUCCCUCAGACUGACCUGCCACAUCUGACCGUUGAUCUCUGACCUCUGACCCCAAUGUAAUCCAAUGUGGUCAUGCCGACAAGCAGAUUCAAAGUGUAGUAAAGCCGAAAGUGAAAUUGAUGGAUCAGAGAAAAAGGAGGAGGAUGGAUCUGUGAGUGAAUCACAGGAAAGGAAAACCGAUAGUAGGAGUAGAUAAUUUGACAUUGGACAAGAAAGAGAAAGUGACAUCAUCAUGAUGUCACCACUGCACUCUGGCCUGAGCGUGGAGACGACAGAAAAGGCUCGACUGGAGCUGAACGAAAACCCCGAGACGCUGCACCAUGACAUCCAACAGGUGAGGGACAUGAUCGUGACGAGGCCUGACAUCGGUUUCCUGCGAACAGACGACGACUUUAUCCUGCGCUUCCUGAGGGCGAGGAAAUUUGACCAGGUGGAGACGUUCAGGCUGCUGGCUCAGUACUUCCAGUUCAGGCAGCAGAACCUCGACAUGUUCCAGAGCUUCAAGGUUGAUGAUCCAGGGAUCAAGAGAGCGUUGAUUGAUGGUUUUCCAGGUGUUCUAGAGACUCCGGACCAACAUGGAAGAAAAAUCCUGAUCCUGUUCGCUUCUAACUGGGAUCAGAGCAGGAACUCCUUCAUAGACAUCCUGCGUGCUCUCCUGCUCUCUCUGGAGGUGCUGAUAGAGAAGCCAGAGCAGCAGAUUCAUGGCUUCCUCCUCCUCAUCGACUGGAGCGACUUCUCCUUCAAACAGGCGUCGAAGCUGACGCCCAACAUUCUUAAACUGGCCAUCGAGGGUCUGCAGGUCAGUCAGCUGACUCUGAAUGUGUGUGUGUGUGUUUCCAAAUGCAGCAGUGACCUCACUGCGCCUCCUGCUCCUCCUCUCUGUUCUCAGGACAGUUUCCCUGCACGUUUUGGAGGAAUUCACUUUGUGAAUCAGCCGUGGUUCAUCCACGCCAUGUUCACCAUCAUCAGGCCCUUCCUCAAAGACAAGACCAGGAAAAGGCACACUCCCCAUUAUCUGACCAUUUCUCAAAGAUGAGACAAAGAAUGUGAGGAGCACUCUGCACCUCCUCAACAGUGACACCUCCUUUUCUCUUCAUCAACAUCAUCAUUAUCUCCUCUCCACUGUUUAUGCCAUGUUCAACGUCCAGGAAGUUGGGUGAGAAGCACCUCGUCUGUGUUUCCAUAUCAUCUGCACCUCCUCUCUAUGUAAUCAACGCUGUAGAGUGAGGAGAACACUGCACCUCCUCUUCUUCACCCUUCUCUAAGAUCCCUUCCUCAGAUCAACGUCCACUGUCAUAACCUGAACUAAUUUUUUUCUCCCUCUCUACUCACCUUCUCCUCUCUUUACUCUGCUCCUCAUCUCUCCUUUGCAUCUCCUCUUCCUCAGAUUUAAAGCAAUGGUAAUUAACUAAACUUACUCCUCCUCCUGCUCCCCCUUUGCUCUCCUCCCUUAUCUCUCCCUCCUUUGUCCUUCCGUAUUGGAGCUGCUAUUGUUGCAGUAACCUGUACCGUCUCUUUCUCCUCUCUUGAGCUCCUCCUCAGAAACACCGCCUCUGCUCCUGGCCUUCUUUCCUCUCCUGUUACCUUUUGUCUUUCCUUCUCUGCCUCACAUCAGCCUCAGCAGUGACAAAUGGCCUUACUCCUCCUUUUCUUCUCUCCUCUCCCCUGUGCCUCCUCAGAUCUACCUCCACGGUAACAACCUGAACUCGCUCCAUCAGCUCAUUCAGCCCGAGUCUCUGCCCUCAGAGUUCGGAGGAAUGCUGCCACCGUAUGACACCAGCACGUGGGCACGGACCAUGCUGGGACCAGACUACAACGACGA